AUUGUCCAAGGUGGUGAUGGCCGCACACGUGAAGGCGCGGGUGAAGGAUGAACAGAAGCUUGAUCCAGAUCAGCACCAGCACGCACCAUCACGCCGUUCUAUGCAUGGUGCUUCCGAGGUCGGGGAGAUCAUCGGCCGGUUCGAGCGCAAGGGUUUCGUUCUGCGAGGCCUGAAGCUGUUCCAGUGCCCCAAGGAGCUGGCCGAGGAGCACUACAAGGACCUUGCCGACAAGCCCUUCUACAAGGGUCUCGUUGACUACAUCAUCUCCGGCCCUGUUGUCGCCAUGGCCUGGGAGGGCAAGGGUGUGGUGGCUUCAGCUCGCAAGCUGAUUGGCGCCACCAACCCCCUUGCUUCCGAGCCCGGCACCAUCCGUGGUGACCUUGCAGUCGAGGUUGGCAGGAACGUCGUGCACGGGAGUGACAGCGUGGAGAAUGGCGAGCGUGAGAUUGGCUUGUGGUUCAAGGAGGCAGAGCUGAUCAAGUGGGACCCUACACUUCUCCCUUGGCUGCGCGAGUAA